ACAUACGUACAACCAACCACACAUACAUCUUAUCUGUAUGUACAAGUUGUACAACCGCGUUUUCUACUAGGCGUCAAACGUCUCUCGCGUAAUCGAGAUCUUACGGACCGAUUAAGGCCUUCGUUCCACAACAAAACUCGUAAAACACGUCUGUUUCAUGUGCACUACUUAACUCUCAUAUGCAUACGUAUGCGUAUGUAUAUACAUACAUAUACGUGUGCUCCACCUGAAUAGAUCUUGCAUAUAUGCGCAUAUAUUUUUAUAAGCCCCCGGUCACGGAAUCACUGGGAAUCGCGGAAUGCUUUUAUCCGCGAUUGAUUGAACGUCCGCCGCUCACGUCCGAUUUGCCAGAUCCGACGUUCACCUCGUAUACGUUGGUAAGAAUGAGAGAAGCGGAACCGAGGAAAGUGGUGGAUUAGAAAUUGUCUCAGCGGGGCGUUGUGAGAGACAGAGAUUUGUGAUUUGGUUGCGAGGAAAUGCGCGAUCGUUGCUGCUGCUGCUUCACUCCAACGAAAUGAUAUCGCGCACUCAUCCCUGGUGGAUUGCGCUUGGAUUCGCGCAAUUAUGAGCAGGGGCUCAUGCACGUCUCGUCCGAGAGUCCAAUGCUGUUUUGAGAGGAGCGCGGCGGUUUCCGAGCUCGUAUGCAUGUUUGGAACAAAUUGUCGAAUCCUGCGUACAGGGUUUUGCGGCAAUUGCGUGUAAAACGUGUCGCACGUAUCAUGAAUAGUAUUCCCGUUCUACGUUAUAUUCUGGCAAAUUGAUUAUGUAACUCACUAUUGGAUCAUUGACCUAAAAUCUUGGUAAACUUGUUUUUAAUGACGACUCUUGAAUGUAGUCAGCAUAGCAGAGAGGUGGUGUCGAGAAGGUGGUUGACACGCCUUCAUAUAUUUGAGAUGAUUGAAAGUGUAUCACGUAGAGCGUUGAGUGGCUCCAGCGGGAGCUACCACGUUCGUGGUGCUGAAUUAGCGAGAAAUCGCAGACUAAAAUCUUUAUCAGCCACUGUUACUUUUCUAGAUGAAACACAACAUACAUUUCAAUUAGAUAAACGAGCAAAAGGACAAGUUUUAUUGGACUUGGUGUUUCAACAUUUAGAACUUAUUGAAAAAGAUUACUUUGGUUUACAAUAUGCUGAAAAUGGAGUUAGCACAACUAUUCCUACAUCUGAAAUAAUGAGAUGGCUGGAUCCUUCUAAACCUGUGAAAAAGCAGUUAAGAAGUAAGGGUGGAUAUUUCUUUUUUAGAGUAAAAUUUUAUGUAUCUGACCCUAGUAAACUGCAAGAGGAAUAUACUAGAUAUCAAUUUUAUUUACAAAUACGUAGAGAUAUUCUUCAAGGAAAACUUCAAUUGCCACCUAGUACAGCUUGUUUAAUCGCCAGUUAUACAGUUCAGUCGGAAUUAGGAGAUUAUCAUCCAGAGGAACAUGGGCCAGGUUAUCUUUCACAAUUACAAUUGAUACCUGGACAAACAGAAGAAAUGGAAAAGAAAAUAUCGGAACUACAUAAAUUGCACAAGGGACAGUUACCAGCUGAUGCAGAAUUUAACUUCUUAGAUCAUGCAAAGCGUUUAGACAUGUAUGGGGUGGAAUUACAUAAAGCAAGGGAUUCAACAAAUAAAGAAAUACAGUUAGGUGUUACAUCGAUUGGUCUAGUUGUAUUUCAGAAUGGCAUAAAAAUCAAUGUGUUUUCAUGGUCAAAAAUAGUUAAAAUUUCUUUUAAAAGAAAACAAUUUUUUAUACAGCUUCGACGAGAACAAUCUGAAAACUAUGACACAUUAUUGGGUUUUAAUAUGCAAACUUAUCGUAGUUCCAAGAAUUUGUGGAAAGCCUGUGUUGAGCACCAUACUUUCUUUAGACUUCACAGUCCUAAAAUGCGACCGAAACGAUUUCCUCUUACUUUAAGUAGUAGAUUUACGUAUUCAGGACGUACAGAAUUUCAAACUGUUGAAGAUGGGAAACAUAGAGCGCGUGUGGAAAGGACGUUUAUACGAUCACCUAGUAAAAAAAUUGCUCAUACUAUUGUAACCGCACCUGUUACUGAAGACAAAGGAAAACUAACAAUACCUCCUGGAAGACCUCCGCGAUCUUAUGACAAUAAGGUUCAAUCCCUUGGUGCUCGUGAACCUCGUCAAGCAUGGGGUGAAGGAAAUCCAAGUGACGAUGAAGGUGGUUUUUUAUCUUUGAGGGAAGAAAUAACAGGAAGCUACACGCAAGGUGGAGCAUUUUCUCCAGCGUUGGGAUCUCGAGUGUUCAGUUAUGCGGACGAUGAUACAACUGCUGAAAGAAAUAUUUAUGAUUUGCCAGACUAUAGCGAACCUACUAGCUCACCGGCCCCACAAAUAUUAGAAGACGGUUUAGUAACCAUAUCUCUAACGCCGGAUGAACAAGGUCGUUUUGGUUUUAAUGUGAAAGGUGGAUUAGAUUUGGAUAUGCCAAUCUUGGUAUCACGAGUAGCGCCGAAUACACCUGCUGAUCGCUGUUACCCAAAAUUGAAUGAAGGAGAUCAAGUUGUUUACAUUAAUGGAAUUGAUGUAAGCGGUUUACUGCAUGAACGUGUAGUAAAUUUAAUACGACAGUCACGCGAUCGCGGAUCCGGUGAACUUACUUUAACUGUCAGACCUAAUGCUUUAUAUAAUGCAUUGGCUGGCACUGACGAGACGUCCGAAGAAGAACCACCUUAUAGGUAUGUACCUGAUGCACCUCAUGCAGCUAUUGGAUCUGACGCACUGGCCCAAUCUAUGUUAUUGCUUGCGGAUGGUCUAGCAAGUGGUGCUCUUAUUGCGCAAUAUGAACAGUUAUACAGAAAAAAUCCAGAACUUGUGUCACUUGAAUCGAAAAAACCAGAAAAUCAAUCAAAAAAUCGCUAUCGAGAUAUUUCACCAUAUGACGUUACUCGAGUAAUCUUAAUGGGAUCUGCAAAUGGAGAUUACAUCAAUGCUAAUUAUGUGAACAUGGAAAUACCAGGUUCAGGCAUUAUUAAUAGGUAUAUUGCUACGCAGGGUCCCUUGUCUUCCACCGUUGCCGAUUUUUGGCAAAUGGUUUUAGAAGCGGGUAGUACACUUGUCGUUAUGCUUACAACCCUAGUUGAACGUGGUCGUGCAAAAUGUCACCAAUAUUGGCCGGCAUAUAACGAGACACUCACGUUAAGGAAUCUCACACUUACAUCGACUGCAGAAAAUGUCGAAGAUACAUUUAUUUUUAGAGAAUUCAUACUUCGUGAUGUUAAUACUGGAGAAGAAAGGGAUAUAACACAUAUGCAGUAUUGCAGCUGGCCCGAUCAUGGAGUGCCAAGUGAUUGGCGACAAUUUACUACGUUUACAGAACGCGUUAGAGCAGCUCGUACUGGAAUAGUUGAACCUGCGGUUGUGCAUUGUUCUGCUGGAAUAGGACGGACCGGUGUAUUAGUUUUAAUGGAGACUGCGUUGUGUUUAAUUGAAGCCAAUCAACCAGUGUAUCCAUUAGAUAUUGUACGCUCUAUGAGAGAUCAGAGAGCAAUGAUGAUACAGAAUGCUAGUCAAUAUAGAUUUGUGUGUGAAGCAGUCCAUAAAGCCUAUAGCGAAGGGAUAGCCAAGCCACUUCCAGAGUUUAGUAGAUGAAAGUAAAAAUUCAAGAUGGGCAGCAUUUUGUAAUUAUACCAUUUCUUCUCUCACACAUCUUACAUCAAGCAUCAUGCCAUUAGAAAGUAGUUUUAUACUUUGACAAUAACGUAUAAUAUAAUAUAUAUUUAAUAUAGCAUCCUAGUAAACAAAAACAGAUGUUUACUGCGUAAAGUAUAUAUAUAUAUAUAUAUAUAUAUAUAUAUAUAUAUAUAUAUAUAUAUAUAUCUCAUCUAUACAUAACGUCCAGCUCUCAUUUGCUACUGUAAAAUUCCUAUUUUUUUUAUUUUUAUUUAUAUUACACACAAAAGAUCUAUUUAGUAUUUUAGUAUUUUAAUGAUUUAUUUUAUUUCUUUGUGCAAAACGUUGUUUUGUACAAAAUGUGAUCAUGUUUUUUUUGUCGCGAGUAUUAAUGCUUUAUAAUUAAUUUAAAAUAUUUCUACGAGACGCAUACUUAGAAAGCUUCAAAAGAAUAAUAUGUAGUAUGAUAUAUUAUUACUAAAUUUAUAACAAAAAUAGAUUUAAUUAUAAAGUUUGUAAGAUCUAAUAUAUAUCUAUGAAAGUCUAAUCAUAGAUUAAAUGAAUUAAUUUAAUAAUUAAUAUAUAUCUAUAUAUGCAUAUAUUGCCUUAUAUAUUGUCCUUUUGAAUAUUGUAUCUUAUAGAAAUAUUUUAAAUUUAUUUUAAUUGUAUAAUUAAAUUUUGGUAUAUUAAGUUACUAAUUAAUAAAAGUAUAUAUUAUAUAAUGCAAA